UCAGCACACAGAUGAAGAACCAGUUUGAGGCUGAGCUGAAGAGGGUCCAGCAGUAUGCAGUGGAUGUGACUCUUGAUCCUGAUACAGCACAUCCUAAUCUCAUCCUGUCCGCUGAUGGGAAACAAGUACAUCAUGGUGAUGUGAUGAAGAAUCUCCCAGACAACCCAGAGAGAUUUUCUAAGAAUCCCUGUGUUUUAGGAAACCAGAGUUUGUCUUCAGGCAGAUUUUACUUUGAGGUUCAGGUUAAAGAGAAGACUAAAUGGGAUUUAGGAGUGGCCAGAGAGUCAAUCAACAGGAAACAAAGAAUCUCACUGAGCCCUCAGGAUGGUUACUGGACUAUAUGGUUGAGAAAUGGAAAUGAGUACAGUGCUAAUAGUGGCCCUGCAGUCCGUCUCUCUCUGAAGUCUCCUCCUCAGAAGGUGGGGGUGUUUGUGGAUUAUGAGGAGGGUCUGGUCUCCUUUUAUGACGUAGAUGCUGCAGCUCUUAUCUACUCCUUUACUGGCUGCUCCUUCACUGAGAAACUCUACCCAUACUUUAGUCCCUGUAAUAAUGAUGGUGGUACAAACUCCACCCCUCUGAUCAUCUGUCCUGUCAAUCAAACUGUCUGA